CCUCUCUCGGGUCCUUUUCUUAAACACUGUGAAUCGGAGUUAUAGGCUUAAGUCGAUUUUUGUUCUUUUUCUUUUGCUGGUAUUAAUGGUAUUUGCGCUUUGUUCCCUCUUGCUCUUUCAACGAACAACAUCGCGAAAUUGGUCUCGUUGCGCAGCUGCAGCACACCUUUAUAUUCAUUGGUUUCUUGCAGUUCCACGACCGUUUUACACGGGUCGAAUAAAUUGGAUAGGUGAAGAUGCCUAUGAUCGAAGGUACUGGCGCCUAUGAUAUUGAUCUUCAUGAGUCAGAGUCAGUGGAUCAAAUAAAUAAAUAAAUGAGUCAGAGUCCGAAUAAAGUGCGAGGCACUCUUCUUCCUGAAGUCGUCGAAAGCCGUUUGCUAGUACUGGAAAAGCCCUCGCGCAGAAACAAGAAUGUGAGGCACAGCUUCAGCAGGAGGUGGGAUAGAUGCUUCGUCACGUGACAGCGCAACAUCGGUCAUGAUACAUAAAAGGAGCGGUGGAUUGGGAUGGGGCACAGGCUCUGUUGCGGAGCAACCCAGACCGGCGCACUUUUUUCGCAGGAAGUACUCUAAAGAUGUGACGUGUUCUCCUUCUCCAGUUCCGGGAGGAAACAUUCCGCCAGGAGGAUCAUGGAGACAACAUGAAAGAACCAACUUUAAUAUUUACAACUUCGGGCGACGAGAAUUGCUGCUACAACGUGUCGUGCACGCGCGGAGAUUGAAGCGGAUGAGAACGCAAAGCGCUGGCGUUCUGUUGUGGACGGCCAGGUUGUUUCUUCUCUUGGUCUUCUCAUUCUUCUAUGUGUUUUUCGGCCAUGUGGGAGAGCAAGUUGGUUGGCUACUGCUUCGCUUGAUGAUUGGCUACCAAGACGGUGCACCAGGUUGUGGAAAUCGUUCGUCCCCGGUACUGGUGAAUGCGCUUGAGAAUCCCACGUGCGGCGGCCUCCCGGACUGGAUGCGACUGCAAAAGCGCCUACUUUCCGCGAUGAGUGGACAGUCCUCGAUGCAGGACGUUGUGCAAGACUUUGCGCAUCUACUUGACAACACAACCGGGGUGGAACUGUAUCUUCGCGGGGAGGGGGGCUCUUCGGAUUUUAUCGACGGCAAAACAUCUUCCGGAGAUGACAUCAGUGCACAUUCGUUCGCUGGUGAAGAAGACCAACCGCAGGCUCAGGAGGAAAUGAACGAUUACAGCCGGCGCGGGGGGAUGAACGCUUUGGGUUUACUUGUCCAACAGUCGAAAUCGUCUUCACCACCUACGUGCGUACUCGGAUAUCUUGCUUUGCGACUACUGCUGCAGCUUGGUAGGGAAGAUGGCUUCGCUCUGGAAACCUUACUGCUUCGUCGCGUGGGCUGGGACCGUAUUGCGCGCAGCGGGUGGCCUAUCUUUCGCCUCCUGCGAUACCUGGAGUCGAGCGACAGCACGACCGGCAAGGUAGGGGGCGAACAAGACGCGUCUUGGACUCGGUCGUCGGAGGAGCGCAUUACGUGUGGCAUUCCGGAAUCAGAUCCGUCGGGUGCAUAUUAUCGCAGUUUCUUGUUCGAGUACGUGGUCAAACAUCGACAAAGGUUCGGGGACGGACUGGUGCCAGAAACCGCUGCCUAUCUUGCCCAGCCCGAGAAACAGAACCCGUGCACGUUAGUAUGAAAUGCAGAUAUAAUACGGAACGCAAAAAUCGUUUCAAGAGGAGCAGCGAAACAGCACGACUGACUGUCACGAUUGAGUAGCAAAAAUUUGACGGAAAUGGGUCUUCACGCGGCUUGUAGAUACUCAUGUGGUCCUGCUGCUGGAGUACUUGAUGCCUGCUACUGCGUGCUACUUCUACUACGUUCAUCCUCGUCGUGCAUGUGUCAGCAUCGGAAUCGAAAUGCAAAGCGUCUGCUAUAUCGUUGCAUACUUCGCAGCGGCCUUUGUCGCGUUGGCCUGGUCCCGCAUUCCGAUUUACAAUUCCGACACGGACGGAUUGCUGCGGCGUGCUCAGCAAAUUGUGGAAGAGCUCUCAGUCGCAGACCUGCUCCAGGACAAGCAGCAUCCACUCCUAGCUCUUCUGGACGAGACAGCCAGCGCCUUUGAGGCUUUCCUCAUCGACGGUGGUUACUUUUACUACGACGAGGACGAGCAUGAGCAGACAGUAGACGAGUCUCCUCGCUCUUCUUCCGUAAUACCAGCCGCAGACACGACUUCGGGUGCAUCACGCCAGCCCACAACAGAAGCUGCGCCAAGUUCCACGAGUGUCGAUUAUACGAGUUAGAUUUCUCCUACUUCUUGCUUACUGCUGCUCAUCUUGUCUUCUUGAGAUGCAACAACUUCUUCUCGGUCUCCGUCAUGUCGUGGUAACAAGUGGCAUGAUUAACUAGCAGGUGCAAAUGAAGUCAUAUAAUGAGGACCACAUGAUCCAUGGCAUGACCAGGGUCAUGUGGAACUAGAAGUCGAGUCCUGCACAUCAGUGGGUCUUGGCCAGAGAAAAUCACAAACCCAAACGCAUGUACAGUCGUGCUGACUCCCCCGUCCUAACCUGGUGACGGGUGACGUUGUAGCUCGAUGCCAUGAUGACCACAAGGUUCGCAAUUCAUUUAUUUUCUUUCAUAAGCAACACUCGUCACAUGAUGCCCCCUGGGGCCGCGACGAGACAGGAAAGCGACCCACGGGCGUGCGUUGUAGGGUUUGCGACUCGGAAAAAAGCCAAGGGAAAUACGAGCGAGCCCCUUUGCGACCCGUACGCCGCGAUUGCGCCUGACCUCGCACGUUGGCGCGCCUUCGGAGUCACGCAGAAAAAAGUGCACGCAGCCCUGAACCAGAUUACAGACGCAAAAAAUCUGCUAUUUCGGUACAUUCGGGAAGAUUCGAAGCUGCUCCAAAUUCUUCCCGAUUUCUCGCAUUUGAACCAGACCGCGCCUAAACCCGCGUUCGAAAAAGUAGGCAAAGGCGAGCAGCCUGUACCGCAGGGCGAAGAGCCGCCGGAUGCUAUCGAACCAUCUUGCCUGGCUGACUUUUUGGUAGAAAUUUUGCAGCAGAGUCCGAGUAUUUCCUCGUUUGACCUGGUGCUGAAUCACGGAGACAUGCCGAUUUUGAGGAAGAACGAGGGCACACCGCCCUUCUAUAAUCUGCUGGAUCAGGAGGCCCGCGCUCCGCUUCCCCUCUUCUCCAUCGCAAGCAAUCAAGAGUUUUUUGAUAUCCUUUUCCCCAAUGUCUGCCGACCACAGCUGGUAAACCUGACUGAGGUCGUUCUCCUGAAAAAGCGGGAGAGGCAGAUGGAGGCAGUAGAAGCGGCACCAACUACUACCGCCCUGCUGCGUGUUGGAGAGGAGGAAGUACCAUCGUCAAAGAUCAAAAAAGCCUUCUGGAGAGGCACGGAUCGAGGGGCAGUGAACUGGUCCCACGAUUAUCGCGAAAUGUUGCAGCGAGGUUCACCCUAUGCAAUCAUGCAAAAGUAUCGCACUACUAGGUAUAAAUAGCAUCACAAAUAAUUUUAUUCGUAAAAAGAGAGUUGGGGUUUGUAUAUGAAUAAUGAUAUCUCAGGUCGGUAAUGCGAACGGUAUUUGAUGUCAUGGAUGACUGCAAAAAUUUAUACGAGUGCUUUUGCACAGGAUACAUUCCGUCGUGAAUUUCUCCGCCAGGCGGAAAAACGACCAGACCUGUUCGACGUAGCCUUUUUGGAGGACGACCUCUCAAACGUCACUGUAGUCAACAGUGAUCCGAAUUUCGUACCGCUAGACGAGCAGCAGGUAUACUGGUUAUAGUUUCUUUUAGUUUUUGCAGACGAGAUAAGAAGAAACGAGGCGUCGUGGACCGUGAGAAAAAAAAAUAAGCAAUCGCUCAAGUAGCUGCAGGACGAUAAUUCAUGAACCAACCACAUCAACUCUGAGAACCACGUCUACUUGCUCAUUAAUAUUGCAUUGCUUCACCAGGAUCGAUGGGCAUACGCGUUGGAUUUACCCGGAAACGGGUACAGUGGCGGGCUAAAGCAGAAGCUGACCGGAAAAAGUUUGGUUUUACUGGCGACUGAGAUCGGUAAUCGCGGCCGGCCAGUGUACGAGCAUUAUCAUCUAGGUCUAACCUACUACGAGCACCUCCUACCUAUCACGCUCGAGGCAAUGAGCGACCAGGUGGAGUUUGCGCGGGAACUGGAUGCCGAGGCUAUCUCGCAACUCAUCUCAAACGCGAACCGGUACAUGGAGCGAUACGCACUUUUUUCGAGGUGUUAUGUGUGGCUGCUGCUUAAAAAGUAUUCUUCCUACCUGACCUACGCUCCUUCGGGGGAAGGAUUAAGUGUGGAAUUCCCAGGGACGCAUCACCGGGAGCACGUCUUGCGUCGGGCCGCAGACCCUACAACCGUAACCGAGACGGGCGAGACUACUGCGUUCGAAGAAAUGUGCCGCGCCGACAUAGAGCGUUACACAUGAAUGUAUAAAAGUAGAUACGCUCUUCAUUUUAUGUCUCCGAACGCCAUGAAUGAAGACACACGAAGUACGAGUAUAAUAGUCAUGCCGUGUAGUGAUAGUGCACUACGGAUGAAAAGAGUAUAAGACUAAAACUCAUUCCAUUUCCAAGUCCUACAUUGAUAAUGAUAGCGCGCCCAUUUUUACCUUUGGCUUGUAGAUGUUUACUGUCUACGUGAACAGCUCAGGGGCUUAUAUCAAGAUGAAACGUACAUCCUCGAUAGUAGCGGUUUGGAAUCGUACCAAGACAAGUUGCAGUAUGAACGGCACCGGCUGCAUGAUUACGACCUGACAGUGACCUGAGUGUGAGAGAAUGAGAGAGCAGCUUUGAUGUGAAGUUUGUGCUUUCCUCGUGAAAGUUAAUCUGUUUUCAACGAGGUCGCUUGGCGCCC